AUGAGAAAUUUGACACUUCUGAACAAAGGAAGGCUGGAGCCUGUGUCGCGAACCUACCCCGACCUCAAGGUGGUGGCCUCAGUGUUCAAUACUGUUAAUGAUAGUAUCACGAUAGCUCUGCAAGGGGUGGAUAUUAUUGAAGUUCAGCAGUUUGUAAAGGAUGGGUCCCAAAAUGUUCUGGCAUCGUUUGCAAUCGCUGAAAAUGACAGGCUGCUCUCGUUCAGUGAAUUUUCAGACCUUUCACAGCUGAUAUUUGCGUUUGAACAAGGUGACAUUGUGAUAGCUAACUACGACGCACAAUCCCCUGAUUCUGAUACGACCACUGUUGAGAUUGUUGGCUCAAUUGACUGUGGCCUUUUGGCGGCAUCUUGGUCGUACGACGAAGAGAUUUUUGCAUUGCUCACUGGCGAACGGAACCUGGUUUUGCUUUCACGCACUUUUGAACCUGUAUCGGAGGUGUUUUUGAAUCCCGAAGAUGUCACUAUAAGCAACCAGGUUUCUGUUGGAUGGGGUAAGAAAGAAACUCAAUUCAAAGGACGAGGAGUCAAAGCAUUAGAAAGAGAGAAACUUGCCCUUACACAUGCAGGUGUUGAUUUUGAGAAAGACCCAAAUUUAAGAGACCCAACGCUGCGCACACUAGAAGCUGGAGAACUCAGUUCCUCCGACUCUUUUGACUGCAAAAUCUCAUGGAGGGGUGACUGUGAAUAUCUGUCGAUAUCCUCUGUUGAGACUGUGGAAAAUUCUCAACGUAGAGUCAUUAGGGUAUAUUCGCGUUCUGGUGAGCUGGACAGCUGCUCGGAGGCCGUAAACGGUCAUGAGGCCGCACUUGCAUGGAAGCCCCAAGGAUCCCUCAUUGCUUCUACCCAAACCACUCAUGUUGAAAGUAUUGACUACGAAUCUGGUGAACAUGCACUUGAAGAAGUUACAAAUUUAAUAUUCUUCGAAAGAAAUGGUCUGCGACAUGGUGAGUUCAACACAAGACUGCCUAGCGGUAGCAUCAAAGAUAUUGCAUGGUCCAGCACUAGUGAAGUGUUGGCUUUCCAACUUGAAAAUUCUAUUCAACUUUGGACGACAAAAAAUUACCAUUGGUCUCUGAAGCAGGAAAUAUUGACGGAAAAUAUGAGAUCUAUACUGUUUAUCAAGUUCCACCCCGAGAAGCCACUACAGGUCAUGGUAGGUACCGAAGACGUCAUUGAGAUUUUCGAUCUGACAUACUCAAUAGCAGCAGGACCAACAGCAGCUCCCCUUGAUCUGGGUAUGAUUGCCAAUAUUGAUGGUAGCGAAGUAGGUGUUACGCCGCUUUCUGUUGCAAACGUGCCUCCACCAAUUUCGUACAGAGACAUCGAUUUUGGACAUAACAUUAAUGAUGUUGCAGUUUCCUCUUCCAAUAGAAUAAUAGGUGGCAUUUCAAACAACGGUGUUGGAUUUGCAAGCUUUGAAACUGACAAAUGGACUCCGAAGACAGGAAAGUGGCUUUUCCCUGAAGACCUGCAUUGCAAGGCUGGUGAAUUCAGACAGAUAGCACUAUGCAAUGAUGACGCUAUUGCUGCGGUGUUGGUGGAUCACGGAAUUUCGUCGGAAAUAUUGAUUCUGGAAGUCAGUGAUUUAACGAAGCCUAUUGUGAAAGGCUCGAUUGAUCUUGGAUACAAAAAGUGCGUGUUGUUGAAGGCUAGAUCUGACUUCCAAGCAAUUACGUACCAAACAAUCGAUGGUCAGAUUUCGGAAAUUGACACUCAGAACAUGACGGCCUCUGUUGUUGCCGGAUUCCCUCAGCUGUGCAGCAGUUACGAGCUUAUCAAGUCAACGAGCGCUUAUGAUUGGGGUUCGGAUGUGUACUUCGCAUUCGGGUUGACGUCAACUGGGAAAUUGUUUGCUUUAAAUCAACUUCUCUCAGGCGGUGUGACAUCCUUCCUCCUCACUGAAUCUCAUUUGAUUUACACUACAGCCCAACACCAGCUGAAAUUCAUUCAUCUAGCCAAAAAAGAGACUUUCAGUUCAGAAUCUGAUGCAUCUCCUUUCCAGAGCUCGGAUGACGAGAGAACUCGCAUGAUAGAAAGAGGCUCAUUGUUGGUGACUGCAACUCCUUCAUCCUCUGCGGUUAUUCUACAAGCUCCCAGAGGUAAUCUUGAAACAAUCUACCCCAGAAUUAUGGUGAUGUCAAAAGUUCGCUCCGAUAUCUCUAGAAAGAAGUAUAAAAAGGCUUUCUUGACAUGUCGUAUACAUAGGAUUGAUCUUGAUGUUUUGCACGACUACAAUCCAGAAUUAUUUCUCGAGAACAUUCCUCAGUUUAUCCGUGAACUAGAUUCUGUGGAGCACCUGAACUUAUUUGUCUCAUGUCUUCAUGAGGAGGAUGUCACAGUUUCCAAGUAUAAGGAGACACUGGAGCUCAGCGAGACUUCUCAGGUUGCAAAUGAACUUCAGGAACUCAAGCUUACUGAGUCUGAUAAGCCAGAAUUGAAGCAGAUAAGCAAAGUGAACAAGAUUUGUGACGCUAUUGUUGCUAUCCUACUCAAGCCAGAGUUUAAGCAGAAGUACUUGCAGACGAUUAUCACCGCAUAUGCUUGUCAGAACCCUCCCAACCUUGAGGCCGCUGUGAGACUUAUCAGCUCAUUCACCGAUGAGACUGAUAUUGAUGACUCAAUCGAACAUCUGUGUUUUCUGCAAGAUGUUAACAAGCUCUACAAUAUUGCUCUUGGUCUCUACAACAUACCAGUCACUCUGAUAAUUGCUCAGAAGUCGACCAAGGAUCCAAAAGAGUAUCUGCCGUUCCUUCAAAACCUGCACGUUCAGACUGAGCUUAGGAAAAAGUUUUUGAUAGACACUCAUUUGAAGAAUUACGCCAAGGCAUUAGAUUCUUUAUCCAAAAUAGGUUCAGAUGAGGACUCCGAGAUUGAUCAAGAAAUUUUAGAUUACGUCGUCGAGCAUUCCCUUUAUCUGCAUGCUCUCAGCAUAUAUCGCUACGAUAGCCACAAGUUCGACGCUAUUCUAAGUGCAUAUGCUCACUACCUCCACGACCAGGGUAACUUCAUAGAGUCUGCUCUAGGCUUUGAGCAGCUUGGCUCAUAUGAAGAUGCAAUGGAUAAUUAUGUUCUUGCAAAGAAAUGGAAGGAAGCCAUUGCUAUUUCCCUGAGACCUGAUCUCAAGGAGAAGAGACAUGCCGGUGUAUGUGAGACUCUGGUGAGCUCAUUGACUGAGUCGCACGACUACUACAGUGCAGCCUUGAUAGAAAUCAAAUAUUUGCACAAUAUCACGGCUGCUGUACGGCUGUAUUGCAAAGACCACUAUUACGAUGAGGCUAUUUUGCUAUGUUCCUCAGAGAGUAGGCUCGAAUUGAUUGAGGAAGUGGUUGACCCUGCUCUGGGAGAAGGUUUUGGAGCCAUUGCUGAACUCAUCUCUGACUGCGAUGGUCAGUGUAGAUCGCAACUCAGACGUCUACGCGAACUAAGAGCAAAGAAAGAAGAAGAUCCUAAUGGGUUCUACGGUUCUGGAGCGGAUGAUGCUGACCAUCCGGAUAAUGUUUCUAUUGCAGCAUCUGAGACUUCCACCAAAGAAUCUUUCUUCACCAGGUACACUGGAAAGACUUCUGGAACAGCCAAAACAGGUGCAUCCAGGCGCACAUCCAAGAACAGAAGGAGAGAGGAACGUAAGAGAGCAAGAGGUAAAAAGGGAACUAUUUAUGAAGAGGAAUAUCUCGUGAAGUCUCAGGAGAGACUUAUUGAGAGACUGCAUACCACUCAGCCAGAAGCGAGAAGACUAAUAGAGGCUCUUCUGCGCAGAGGCAUGAGAGAGCAAGCAUAUCAGACUCAGAAGAACUUUGCUGCAGUAAUGAGCUUCUUAGAGGAAAAUGUGCAAGAGGUCUUCAACAUCAGCGAGAGGGACAGAGAAAGAAUCGAUGAUGACGGUCUGGUGUACUACGUUCCUGAGAUACCAGCUCCGAAAAUCACUGCAUUUUCUUCACUUAACAUUUUAGGGUAUUGA